CGGAAACCACCGAAGUCACCGAGCUGCCCAGCGAGCCGAGUGGUGACCUGAAAACCUCGCUGCCGGUCUCUCGUACCGGUCACUUGCCCCCAGAGCGCUUGAGAAUAACUUUUCGUGCCGUUUUCCGCCGGGAGCGGGCGGCGGCGUGGAGGGCUGGCUAAACCUGCUUGGCGGAGGGUCAGCUGGGCUGGGCUGUUUCCCUGAAGUGAUCGGGGCGUGUGCGGCGGCUCGGUUUCACGCGCGCUCUGCGAUUCGGGGCUGCCGCGCGGCGACCGAAACUCAAACUUUGCGAAGCGCCUGAGCGUUGGCCGCGGCGGCCAAUCGGCGGGGCCUGAACCAGAAGCGGUGUGCUGGGCGCUGCGCCGUGUCGGUGCUCCUGCCCUGAACAAAGGGGAGGGUGUGCCGCCGGGCCUGCCUCGGCCGGGCCCCCGUGCGCUGCCUCCUGCGGGGCAGCCAAGGGUCCUGUGCAGGUCCUCGAGCAGGAGCAGCUGUGUUUCGCUGUGAAUUUUGUGUGUCCACUGUCUCAGGCAUUUUACUUAACUAUGUUCGUUUUUAUUGUGUUCUUUCUAACAGCUGCGCUCUUCGUCGACUUCGUUUGGCUUCUUCAUAACUUCUUAUAACUUCAAAGACAUGUAUACCUCUGAGAAACCUUCUCCAACAAGAUACCUUGCUUCACGACCUGUCUUGGAUUAUAUGCAAAGAAGUUUCCAGUCAUGAGUGCAGAUGCCGAGCAGGAUGCUGCUAUCAAACUUGCCCAAGAACGAGCAGAGAUAGUUGCCAAGUAUGAUAGAGGACGAGAGGGCGCACAGAUUGAACCAUGGGAAGAUGCUGACUAUCGUCUCUACAAAGUCACAGAUAGAUUUGGGUUUCUACAUCCAGAGGAGCUUCCUGUCCAUGAUGCAGCAAUAGAAAAGCAAAAGCACCUUGAAAUUGAAAGAACUACAAAAUGGCUUAAGAUGCUGAAAAGCUGGGAAAAAUACAAGAAUAGCGAAAAGUUUCAUAGGAGAAUUUAUAAAGGCAUCCCACUGCAGUUCAGAGGGCAAGUCUGGUCUUUACUACUUGAUGUUCCUAAAAUGAAAGAAGAAAAAAAAGACCUUUAUAAUAGAUUGAAGUGUGAAGCACGAGAGUCUUCGCCGGAUAUUAGACAGAUUGAUCUUGAUGUAAAUCGAACAUAUAGAGAUCAUAUCAUGUUUAGAGACAGAUAUGGUGUUAAGCAACAAUCUUUAUUCCAUGUUUUAGCUGCAUAUUCCAUGUAUAAUACGGAAGUUGGGUACUGUCAGGGAAUGAGCCAGAUCACAGCUUUGCUCCUUAUGUACAUGAAUGAAGAAGAUGCCUUCUGGGCCUUGGUGAAACUGCUCUCGAGUCCGAAGCAUGCUAUGCAUGGUUUUUUUAUUCCUGGUUUUCCAAAACUGUUGAGGUUUCAAGAACAUCAUGACAAAAUACUGAAAAAAUUUUUGUCAAAACUUAAGCAACAUUUGGACUCCCAGGAGAUUUCCACUAGCUUUUACUCUACGAAGUGGUUUUUCCAAUGUUUCCUUGAUCGUACUCCCUUUACAUUAAGCCUCAGGAUAUGGGAUAUCUACAUACUUGAAGGAGAGCGGGUUCUCACUGCUAUGUCUUACACAAUUCUGAAACUGCAUAGAAAGCAUUUGAUGAAAUUACAAAUGGAAGAGCUUGUAGAAUUUCUGCAGGAGACUCUAGCCAAGGAUUUCUUCUAUGAAGAUGACUUUGUGAUAGAGCAGCUCCAAAAUUCUAUGUCAGAAUUGAAACGAGCAAAGUUGGAUUUACCAGCAGCUGGUAAAGAAGAUGAACUUCCAAAGAAGCCAUUGGGGCAAAUUCCAUCAGGACCUCAGCCUGCUGUGCGUAACUUCACUCCAGUGCUCAAUGGACAGAACAACACUGGUACACAAACAACAAGAAGGACAGAUAGGAGACCAUCUCCUGCAGAAGGAUUGCAAAGCUCACCAAAUAACCGAAAAAGAGUUAAUUCACUGGAAAAAAAGCCUUCUUUAAAACAGCAGAAGCCUCGGCCAAUAGACACGCAGAGCGAUCAGUCUAAGAAUGAGGUAGAUAUCAGAAGAAAGCCUCAGCAAACAGGGCAAGACAACUCAAGACAGUAUAAUAAUGCAGCUGCUAACCAAAAUUCGAAUGCUAUGUCAAAUACAAGAAGGGAAUUUGUACCGAAGUGGAAUAAACCAUCUGAUGUCAAAAUAAUUGAAAAGACUAUGAAACUUACUGCAGAAGUGAAAGGAAGGCCAAUAAACCAUUCUAUUUCAGCCUCACCACCAAGUCCUGGAGAAACACAGCCUUUGAAUGUAAAGCAAAAGAUGAGGGUUUUGGAUGCUGAUGAAGGUAAGCGAGGGUCUAAUGCAUCACAGUAUGACAACGUUCCAGAAGUUGAUCAUGAGAAUGAGAAUCUUGUUGAAGAGAUGCUAGAGAGAGCUCAUCCGCAAAGUCCUAGGCAUGUAACAUACUCUAAUAGUCCAAGAAAGCAAACUGAAAAAAUACCGCCUCUGCUAAAAAUAUCCAAUAAUUACACUUUCACUUCACAACCUAGAUCUCCAAAAUAUUCCUCACAAUCUGAUGGACCACCUCAUGGAUUGAAUGUAAAGCAGUCACUGCCAUCUUACAGUAACCCACCUACUUACCAUGGAAAUUCUCCAAAGCAUGUCUCCAGUAUAGGCAAUACAAGCUCUAUUCCCCUGCAUUACCAUGGGAAUCGAACCAGCCCUUCUGGUAGGCCAUAUGGUUCUUUUAUUUCCAUAGAUUAUUCUCCAGAAAAGUCACAAAUGAAUUCUUACCCUGCCAAUCGCCAAAAUCCUCUUUCACCAAGCCUUGGUCAGAUAGAAGUAACCCCUAUUGAUGCUUAUCCCAGCAAUUCAAGGUCCCCCACAGGGGUCAAAUUCAUAAUCCCACCAGUGGAUUACUUACCAGAAGAUAGACAGUGGCCAGAUGCUGCAUAUAUGUAUAGACAUGAGCCAUAUAGGCAGCCCUGGAGCCAAGAUGUUAACAAGGGCCACUUGGAUAAUUUCCAGAAAUAUCAGCAUUUUCAGUCAACACCUUUUCAAGACAACAGUCUUCCUGCUGUUUCUAUUGAUAGCCCGAUAAGAUACAGGACUUCACCAGCCUUUGAAGAGCAUGGUUCACCGCCCUACCAGUACUCAAACCCAUCAGCUCAAACCCAACACUACCGAAACAGAAAUGAUGGAUUGUCCGUGCAUGAAUCUGUGCUUCUCUGAGAGCCUGUCUCUACUUACUAAAAUGGCAAGAACCAAAACCAGUCAUACAUUGCUGUGUUACUAGUAGUCCACUAGUUUUUCUGUCAAAUGUGGACAGUUCCUGCAGCUCUGAAAAAUAACAACACUAUUUGAAAGAUGCUUCAGACUUUCCCUAAAGGCUAGUUGAGUUCUUAGACUUGCAUUGCAGCUGUUGAAGGUGAUCUGAUGCAUAUAAACAUAGCAAUAGCAAUAAGAUCAUAUACACAACAUGGCUAAUACUGUCAUUGUACCUUAAAUUUAAAUAACUUGUGUUAUGAUCUUUCUGCCUAAAACCUGUAACACAUUUACAAGUUUUAUUUUGACUGACAUUUUAAUGCACUGUAUAAAUGUGUGUGUGCGCGCGCGUGUGAGUGUGCGCUUAUAUACACAAAUGCAUAUGGAAAAGAGCUAAAGAAUUUAAAUGUAAAUGCAUUUAACUUUCGGCAAAGCUUGUGAAGUACUUUUAUUUCAUAUUAGUUUUUCUUUAUAAUUUAUUUGAUAAGCCAUUCACUAUGAAUGGGAAUCUCUGUCAUUUUUAUACAACUGCCUCAGUAUCCCAGUAUCUGUUCUGGGCAGGAGAGACGCUUUGGGAUUAUUAACUUAAUCUUAUGUGAGAGUUAAUUUCCUGUCCUUUGACUACUGUUUUGUCAUUUCCCUCAGCAAGAAGGAGCAGGCCGGCAAAACCAGAAAGCCAAAAACGUCUCUAUAAUCUGGCGAAGAAAUGGUGCUUAAAGUCAGGGCAGUCUGAGUGUAGCACGUCUCUAGGUUUUGGGGUGCAUUGGAAUUGGGGAGUUUUUACCUUUGCACCCAGAUCUGCUGUCAGAAUGCCGUCCUAUAUGCAAAAUAUUUGAGCACAGUGUAGGUAAUGCCAGAUACAGAAAUGGUGCUGCACCCUUUGCGUUUUGCCAUGCUGUGCUGUCAAACUAAAAUUAGUUGCAGGGCCACAUCUCAUGGGUAUCAGGGAGUUACCAGCUCCUCGAUACUUUUGUGAAGUAUAUAUAGGAGUUUGAGAUUUGGGGGAGACUUGAUAUUCCCUGAGCUGUGUGCAUAUGCGGUGUCCCUUCUCCGAAGCUUUGUCCUGUCAAGUCCAUUUUAUGUUUUGCCCUUCUUUUCCCAAAGAGCUGGUAGGUUCGUGCCUGCGAUCGGGCAUGUGCUGCUGUGCUAUUAGGCUGCUGAGAGACUGUGUGUUGUUUUACACUAAAAUGAUCCUGACUGUUAAUAGGAAGCUCAGUAGACUGCUGGUAAUGUAAGUAUUUUUAAUGAGUGCUUGCAGCCUUUUGUGCUUCAUGUUUUCUUUUCCUUUCAUUGACUGUGAAAUGGGGGUGAAAAAAAUUGCUGGCGAAGUGGCAUGUGUGGGAUAUGGUCCUGUAAGUGCCGAAUGCACCGGACUCUCGUUGAAACCAGGGGGAGUUGAGGCUGACAAGGAUCCUGCCAGAAGAGGUCCUUGGAGCGCUUAACAGAGAGGUUUUCUAGUGCUUAAGUACCAAACGUUGGCAGCAACGUCAGGUUUGGAUGGUUUGGGAGGCUGUCUAGUUCGUCUUUUGUUUUGUAAGAUUUGUUAAGUGAAGACAUAGAAAUGGCUAACUUUUUUUUUUUCCUUUAAAGAAUGAGCUUUAGUGCCUAUUAUUGCUGCAGGUUGGCUCUGUAAGUUUUAAGGUACAGAAGUAAAACAAUUUUUACAAAUGGAAGUAACAUUUACUUAGUGUAUUUCAAAAACUCUUUUGUGUAUAUAAUGUGUCUGAUGUAAUUUUUAAUGAACUGGGCAAUUUUGUAUUUUAAAAAUUGCAAACCGCAGCGAGGUAACAGUAGCAAAGCACUACACUGAAACUCUGAACUAAAAUUGUGAAGAUAAAUAUGACUUGGGCUGACCUUAGUUCUGAUUGCUUACAGCAGCUUAGAAAUGUAUGUAUAUAAUAUUGUGGCUAAGUGUAAUAAUCCCAGUGUUUAACAAUCGUUCUGUAAUUCAUAACAAAGCUGUACAAUUUAUUUGUGCAAGACUCCAAAAUAUGUAUCAGCAUUAGUAAAUACUGUAGAUUUUUAUAUAUAAAAUAUAUACACACUAUUUUCUUAUGUCAUCUGCAACAGUUUUAUAACUGUGUAUCUAUUUUGAUGUGACUGUAUUUUUAACAUGUUAAAAUAAUAAUAAUUAAGCUUA